AUGUCGCCCUGCGAGAGCUCCUCCCAGGCCUGGCUCAUGUACCCCGGAUCUCAACCAAAGCUAACAUCUGGGGUAAUCGAUUCCAAUUGGACGGAUAACCAUUGGGCGCUCCUUAACCCUCCUAUCUAUCUACUUAUCAAGUUAUCAAGUCUGCGAAUGACCGCCACUCGACCAAUCAAUGCCUCACAAUUCUUUGGAAAGGAGUCCUGGUCAUUAGUUGACUCGGAUAUCCGUGAUGACACCCGGCUAACUGGGCAAGAUAACGGUCUGAGUUGA